AGCUGCGCCUCAGCAGGUGACGUAGGCGCCUGCGAAGAAGACUGCUGCUAGGCCGCGCUGCAUUGUGGGUCCGCUGGCCUAAGAGGCGGGCACCAUGGGAGGUCCCCUUUGCCACGUGACAAGCUAGUUGACGGGGAUCAGCUGACUGGUUCUCACGUGACCUGGUGCUGCUCGGAGCCUACACUGGCAAGCCGGGGCCCCGCCGCGAUGGUGGAGCCGGGCGGCGAGGAGGAGCGGCCGCUGCUGGACUCGGCGCAGAAUGACUGUCCCCCGCGCAAGGCGCUGCCGCCCCUGUGCGACCCGCGGCGGCUGGCCCACCGGCUGCUGGUCCUGGCUCUCAUGUGCUUCCUGGGCUUCGGUAGCUAUUUUUGCUAUGACAAUCCAGCAGCUCUGCAGACUCAGGUUCAAAGGGAUAUGAAGGUGAACACAGCUACAUUCAUGGCAUUGUAUGCCUGGUAUUCCUGGCCCAAUGUGGUUCUCUGUUUCUUUGGAGGCUUUCUGAUAGACAGAGUAUUUGGAAUAAGGUUGGGCACCAUAAUAUUUAGCUCCUUUGUUUGUGUUGGACAGGUGAUCUUUGCGAUGGGAGCUCUACUUAAUGCUUUUUGGCUAAUGGAAGCUGGCAGAUUUGUAUUUGGAAUUGGUGGGGAAUCCUUAGCAGUAGCACAAAACACCUAUGCUGUCAGUUGGUUUAAAGGCAAGGAAUUAAACCUCGUGUUUGGAUUACAACUUAGCAUGGCCAGAAUUGGGAGCACUGUGAAUAUGAAUAUCAUGGGAUGGAUAUACUCCAGAGUUCAGAAUCUGCUGGGCUCUACAGGUCACAGUACACUUGGAUUUACACUCAUGAUAGGUGGUGUAACAUGUAUCUUUUCACUAAGCUGUGCAUUGAUUCUUGCUUAUCUGGACAAGAGAGCAGAAAAAAUCCUUUGUAAAGAGCAAGGAAAAACUGGUGAAGUGAUUAAAUUAACUGAUGUGAAAGACUUCUCGUUGUCCUUGUGGCUCAUAUUUAUAAUCUGUGUUUGUUAUUAUGCGGCUGUGUUUCCUUUCAUUGGACUUGGGAAGGUUUUCUUCAUUGAGAAAUUCAAAUUUUCUUCUCAAGAAGCAAGUGCAAUUAACAGCAUUGUAUAUAUCAUAUCAGCACCCAUGUCCCCUGUCUUUGGAUUCCUGGUGGAUAAACUUGGAAGAAAUAUUAUCUGGGUUAUGUUUGCUGUAGUGGCAACCCUUGCUUCUCACAUUAUGUUGGCCUUUACUUUCUGGAACCCUUGGAUUGCUAUGUGUAUAUUAGGAGUAGCCUAUUCACUGCUUGCCUGUGCUUUGUGGCCAAUGGUAGCUUUUGUGGUUCCGGAACAUCAGCUGGGAACUGCUUAUGGCUUUAUGCAGUCUAUCCAAAAUCUGGGUCUGGCAAUUAUUGCCAUAGCAGCUGGUACAAUACUGGAUUCUCGAGGGUAUCUGUUUCUAGAAGUCUUCUUCACUGCUUGUGUUUGCUUGUCGCUAAUAGCUGUAGUCAUGCUGUAUUUUGUGAAUCACCUUACUGGAGGUGAUCUUAACUGGUCUGCAAAGAAAAGGGAAAAACUGCAAAAGCUAGCUGCGGCUGAAAAAGAAAUUUGACUAAAUUUCAUCCAGAAGUGGGGAGCAUUUGAUCAGCAACUUAACAACUUGAAGAAUUAUAGUGUAUUUAGAGCUCGAUGCUUAGCACUGGACAAUACAGUUGAUUGGAAAACAUACUAACAUGCCGAGGAUUUUACAGUAAACUAUUUUACGAUGACACAAAUGUUUGGUAGCUAUUAAAAAUUGUUACAAAGCAUACAUCUUUCUCAGAGCAGUUACACUGUGUUGGGUCAUAGCAUUUUAAACUGAACUGAAGUUUCAUGUAAUUGCAAAACGUUUCCUUUUCAACCUGAAGCAAACAUUCUUGCAAUAUAAACUAGAUCAAGUGUCUCACUUACAGAAGCAGCACUUUAGUAUCUCUUUGGUUGGUGUCAAGAGCUUUUGCCUAAUAAUGGUUUUAAGCAAUUAUUUGACUUGUAUUUUGUGUGCUGAAAAGAUCAUUGCCUUCCCAAACUUGUUAACAGGUCUCUGUUAAUGUGGGUUUUGUCACAUUCUUCAUGCAAAACCCUAUCAUAUGUAGCAGUAAAACACAGUUCAGUCUUCCAAGACUUUUUUACUCUUUACGGAAAGGACUUAAGUUGAAAAUAAGUGGGAGUGGGGAGCUGUCUCUAACAAGUACUGUAUGGUCAAAUACUGAAUCUUUAUUCUGUGAUAAAACCAAAUCCUGAUUGCUAUUAACUCUGUAAGACUGCUGAGCAGUCUCUUUAGUACAGUUUUUUGUCACUUCUCUUUUUUGUGCUAUCAUCUUAAUAUAUUUUAAGGGAUCAAAUCUUGUUUAACUGAUAAAUGCAUAGUCUGAAUUUUGUUUAAAAUGUGCGUUAGCAUGUUGUAACUUUCCAAUAAAGUUCUAAAUUCUAAAUAAAAAAAAAUUGCAGAAUAGUCUGUUUUUCUUGAAUAUCAAGUUAGCGUGACUUGCCACAUGUUUGUCUCUUAGCUUUUUGUUAACCUGCAGUUUUACACCUGUAAACAUUAUAAACUGUUAGUUACUAGAAGUAAAAUUAACAAUCAGAUUAACAGAACAGAUUCUUGUUUGCGCAUGUCUUAAUUUAAUCCAUUUUGUUUUACAGAGCAGAAAAACGAGAAAAACUCAGACGUCAAAAGGAAGAUGACUUGGUCAAAUUACAGCCAAAGAAUGACUUUAGUUUAAGGAAUAGGUAUCUCUCCAAACUAGGAGCUCAGGUAUUAGUAGCAAAGCAGUAUUUCCCUACAGACAACAGGGCAAUAAAAAUAAAUUAAAUAAAUAAAUAAAAAUCUACAUCUGAUGUGUGUCUUCACCUAGGCAGUAUAUUGGUUUUUAUGAAGGAGCUAAAUUUAUCCCAUAGCUAUUAGAAAUGAAUCUCACCUACAAUUUAAAAAAAUAAAAACCAAACUGAAGGGGUAGAAUCAAUAGUUUUAACUUGAAAGACAGAUAAGGUGAAGAAUAGUUAUCAAUAAGAUUCAUCAUUCUUUCAAACUUACUUUUUUGCAGCUGCCUGAUAACUACUCUUCCUACUUAUCAGCAUUGGCACACAGAAGUGUGCUGAAAUAGCAUCACUCUGCACAAGUUUGUCAAGAGAUGGAAGUGCUCUGAAGUUUAUGCAGACAGAAACUUGCUCCUACUAGUCAAGAACUACACCUAGAACAAAAGCAGAAUAAUGCACCAUGUUCUAUAUUUGAAUCCUCAUGCUGUCAUCAGGAACCACCUUACCUUAAAAAACGUAGUGUCAAUAAGUGGCUCCUAUUGUAAUGUGAAACAUUAGUUCAGAUUUGAAGCAUUAGGUGAGGUUUGACUUCUGUGUGCCAUACAAAACCAAAUAUGAAACUUAAAAGCUUUGGGAAACAAUAACCUGUUAGCCAUUCUACGUAUUCUUGAUGUAGGCAUUAGUCUGGUCAGACUACAUUUUUAUGGUGGACAUCCUUGUUAAUUUCCUGCAGUAACUCAGUUUUACUUUCUUUCUCUAUGGAAAAUGUAACAAUAGAAAUGACUGCCUUUUUAAAUUCUGUCAAAUCGAGAUUUAAUUUUUUUUUUACAAAAACUUGGCUGUUUCAUUUAAAAAAACCAAACAUAGUAUAUUCAUUAAAGCCAGACUUGGAAGUUGCACUAGUACAUGGUAAUGGUGUUAAUCAAAGCUGAGCUAUUUUCCUGUGGAAAUGACACUUGAUACAGUUUUGAUAACUAUCAAAUCGUUAACUGUAAUAUAUAACUUUCAAUCAGUGUAAUAUUUAUACAAAUAUAGUGUGGAGUAUCUACUAGUUUUAAAUGUUAUCUGCAAUGAGAAGAAUGGCUUUAGGACCAACUUUAUCCCAAAGAUGUGUGGACUCCCAUGCUUGCAAUGUAAGCAGAACUGGACCCUAAAAUCUCAUUCAACAUGUAUAUUUCUUACUAAGUGGAUAGUAGAAAACUGAAAAAGUAGACUAAUUUUGACUGAAUUUUCAGUCUUUUAAAGUGUGGUCUUAAUCUGCGCUAAAUUAUUAUACUCUGACCUUUUAUUGCUGAAAAUUUAUCUUAACUGCACAGGAAAGCCAGUAUUUUUUUCAAAUAGGUUGUUACCCUAACAGUUAUAUUAAUUGAAUACAUCAGAAAUAACUUGAGGAAUGUUGACAUUUCUAUCUGGAACUUGUGGUUCUAUUAAGAAUUUUGUAUAUGCAAAUAUACUUUUUUUUUUUUUUUGGAAGUGAGUUACUUUUCUAUGACUUGUUCAGUAUUCUACAAACUUUAUCAAAGAUAGUAUUCUGAAUUGUGUAGCACUGCCAUAGUCUGGUAUCAUGAAAUCCAUCCAGGAAGAUUAGUACAAAACUUGGUGCUUUUAUGUAUUACUGUUGAAGAUUGCAUUUACACAUGGUAGUGCUAAACCUUUUUUUGUUUUUUUUUACUGUGCUGUAUUCAGGAAGAAAGCAGCAUAAACUGUCUGUGGAUGGAUUAUGUACAGUUGAUUUGCUUAUACGCUUAUAGAUGCUGAUCUUUUUUUAGUAAAUAAAACUAAAUGGAUAAGG